AUGAAUUUGGGUAGUUCCGGUGGAGGCGGAACCGGCACCUCAUCGAACACUUCAGGCAGUGGUGGCAGUGGAGGAUCGACUGUCGGUGGUGGUGCCGGAAGUGGGAGUGCAAGUAGUGCCAAUAUCAGCGCAGCGGUAGGCGGUAUAGGAUACGGUGGUGGGGGAGGUUCCGGUAGUGAGAUGCCUGCAGAAAUAAUACGCCCAAAGGUUGUGACGGUGAAGCACCCCGAAUCAAACAAACCGAAGCCGACCACCAAAAAAGGCAAAGCGAUCCAGGCGGACGUUGAUGUCAUCAAGGAGUUCCAGCGGUGCAAAGAGGAAAAUAUUCAGCGGCUUGAUCUGAGCAAAUCCUCCAUCACGGUCAUUCCGGCUUCGGUGAAGGACUGCACGAGCUUGGUAGAGUUUUAUCUGUACGGAAACAAGAUCUCGUCGUUACCGCCGGAGAUCGGGUGCCUGGCAAAUCUUAAAACGCUAGCGUUGAACGAAAAUUCGCUCACAUCGCUGCCCGAUUCGUUGCAAAACCUAAAGCAGCUGAAAGUGCUCGAUCUACGACACAACAAGCUAUCCGACAUACCGGAAGUGAUUUACAAACUUCAUACACUCACGACGCUUUAUCUGCGCUUCAAUAGGAUCCGCGUGGUAGGGGACAAUUUGAAAAAUCUUAGCAACCUGACGAUGCUGAGCUUACGGGAGAAUAAGAUUCACGAGCUGCCAGCGGCCAUCGGCCAUUUGGUUAAUCUGACUACGCUGGAUCUCUCGCACAAUCACCUAAAGCACCUGCCCGAGGAAAUCGGAACCUGCGUGAAUUUGACCGCACUGGAUCUGCAGCACAACGAUCUGCUAGACAUACCGGAAUCGAUAGGCAACCUGUCGAAUCUGAUGCGCCUCGGGUUGCGCUACAACCAGCUGUCGUCAAUUCCUGUAUCCCUGAGGAAUUGUACGCACAUGGACGAGUUCAACGUGGAGGGAAAUGGAAUCAGCCAGUUGCCCGAUGGGCUGCUGGCCAGUUUGAGUAACCUCACCACGAUCACGCUUUCGCGAAACGCGUUCCACAGCUAUCCAUCGGGUGGGCCAGCUCAGUUCACGAACGUCACGAGCAUCAACCUGGAGCACAACCAGAUUGACAAGAUCCAGUAUGGGAUUUUUUCUCGCGCUAAAGGCCUGACCAAGCUUAACAUGAAGGAAAAUGCGUUAACUUCGCUGCCACUCGACAUCGGCACUUGGACGCAAAUGGUCGAGCUCAACUUUGGCACGAACUCGCUGACCAAGCUGCCAGAUGACAUACACUGCCUGCAAAAUUUAGAGAUUCUCAUUCUUUCCAACAACCUUCUGAAACGAAUACCUAACACGAUUGGCAGCCUGAAGAAACUUCGCGUGCUGGAUUUGGAGGAAAAUCGGCUUGAAUCGUUGCCGUCCGAGAUCGGAUUGCUGCACGAUCUGCAGAAGCUGAUCUUACAGUCCAACCAGCUGAGCGCGCUUCCGCGCACAAUCGGUCACCUGACAAACUUGACGUACCUGUCGGUUGGGGAGAACAAUCUACAGUUCCUGCCGGAGGAGAUCGGCACGCUGGAAAACCUGGAAUCGUUGUACAUCAACGAUAACCCUUCGCUAAUAAAGUUACCAUACGAGCUGGCACUCUGCCAGAAUCUAGCCAUCAUGAGCAUCGAAAAUUGUCCCCUGUCGGCGUUACCGCCCGAGGUUGUUAGUGGCGGUCCGAGCCUCGUCAUACAGUACCUAAAACUCCACUCGCCCUAUCGACAGAUGUGA